AUGGGAUCCCACGGAGAGUAUACAUUCAACGACGCCAUCACCGACGUCAAAGCUGGCCAGUCUCUGGUCGAAACAACGCAAAUACUUCUAUCCCAACUGACAAAAGAGGAACGCCUUUCCCUCCUCGAUGGCGACGUCGAAUUCUGGCCCGGUUUACGCUCGAUUCUAUGCGACCGCUACAACCGAACUCCAUACGUCCAUGGAGCGAUCCCCCGGAAACACAUCCCGGGGAUCAAGUUCACUGACGGCCCCAGGGGCGUGGUCAUGGGAAGUUCGACGGCCUUCCCAGUCCCCAUGGCUCGGGGCGCCACUUGGGAUGUUGAGUUGGAGCGUCGCGUGGGGGAUGCCAUUGGUCGCGAAGCCAAAGCCCAAGGCGCCAACUACUUCGCCGGCGUCUGCGUGAAUCUUCCGCGGCAUCCCGCGUGGGGUCGCAUUCAAGAGACCUACGGGGAGGAUCCGCUUCUUCUGGGAGAAUUCGGAUUGGCGCUGACGCAGAGUGUGCAGAAACAUGUAAUGGCGUGUGUGAAGCACUAUGCGUUGAACUCGAUGGAGAAUGCGCGGUUUCGCGUCGACGUGAGUGUGGAGGAGGCGGUAUUGCAUGAAGUCUACCUGGCGCAUUUCCGACGCAUUGUUGAGGGGGGUGUGGCGGCCGUAAUGUCGUCGUAUAAUUCUGUCAAUGGCGAAUGGGCUGGGCAGAACCGACAUUUGCUGACAGAGAUUCUACGGGAUCAGUGGGGAUUCGAUGGGUUAGUGAUGUCCGAUUUCAUCUUCGGCUUACGUGACGCGGCAGCAUCUGUCAAGAAUGGACUGGACAUCGAGGCCCCGUUCAGACAACAGAGAGCUAGGAAGCUUCCACGGGCUUUAGAAUCUGGAGAGCUGGACUGGAAAUAUGUCGAUCGAGCUUGUGAGAGGAUCCUUCGGAAGCAGAUCGAGUUUACCGUGCGUACGGAAGAUAGCCAACCCAGCCGAGAUGUGGUGUUCUGCGAUGAGCACCGAGCACUGGCGCGUGAGGUCGCUGCUCGGUCUAUGGUCCUCUUAAAGAAUGACACUGUCGAUGGCAAGGCUGUUCUUCCACUUCAGGCCGAAUCUUUGUCUCGUGUUGCCGUGGUUGGUCGCCUAGCGAACAUUGCCAACACAGGGGAUAAGGGAUCGUCCCAAGUGUUUCCGCCUGGGGUAGUCACGCCACUCGACGGCAUCAAAGCAGCGCUGCCAGGUACAGAAGUCCUUUUUGCGGAUUCAGUUGCUAAAGCCGAGCAGCUUGCUUCCCAGGUCGACGUGGUGAUCUGCAUUGUGGGCUACACCCAUGAGGACGAAGGCGAGUACGUUGUGCCUGCUCUUCAGGAUAAUCCAGCCCUGCGGGACACGCUUCCACCUGCGACUACCGCGGAAGAGCGCGAGACUCUCGAUAUCUUUGAGGGUAAUUCCGAUAAAGGAGGCAAUGGCGGGAUCAAGGCUGGCGCUGGUGGCGAUCGGAACUCGCUAAGACUCCGCGAGGAGGAUGAGAAGUUGAUACCCGCAGUCACUGCCCACAAUCCCCGUACAAUUGUGUCUGUCAUUACUGCGGGUGCCGUGAUUAUGGAGUCAUGGAAAGAUAGAGUGCCCGCCCUCCUGAUUAGCUGGUACAGUGGUAGUGAAGGUGGGCAUGGUCUUGGGGACGUGCUUCUGGGAAAGGUCGAUGCGAGUGGCAGGCUUCCGUUCUCCAUUCCGACGAGUGAGGCGUAUCUGCCCUUCUUUAAUCGAAAUGCAGCUGAGAUCUACUAUGACCGGUGGUUUGGGCAGCAUAUGCUCGAUAAGCUAGGGGUCAAGGCCGAGUUUCCACUCGGAUUUGGGCUGUCGUACACAACAUUUGCGGUAGACAAUAUAAUCGCCGAGAGUGUCGAUAAGGAGUCCAUUCAAGUUGCAGUCAAUGUACAGAACACUGGGCGCAGACCUGGGCGGUUCAUCGCACAGGCAUAUGCCGUGACAAAUAUUCCAGAUUUCCCAACUCGCGUGCUGCUUGGCUUUGCCCCUGUGGACCUGGAUGUCGGGCAGAAGACUAAGAUGAGAUUCUUGGCUUCUACCAGGCCGUUACAGCAAUGGAAAGCGGGCACGUUCACCCUCCGGACGAACCAAAUUCAACUGCAAGUGGCAUCAUUUGCUGGUGAUGGAGGUGCUGUAAGCACGAAUGUGUCUUUUGUCUAG